AUGGCCUCCUCCUCCUUCGUUAUCCCAUCCUUCUCUCAACGCGACUAUGGCUCCUUCUUCCUCGCAGGUGCUCUGUGUUGCACCGUCAGCCAUGGCGCCAUGACCCCUAUCGAUGUCGUAAAAACGCGCAUACAAAUUGACCCUGCCUUUAAAUCUCACAAUUUCAUCUCUGGAGCGCGGAGCAUCGUCGUAAAGGAGGGCGCUGUAGGGCUUCUCACAGGAUUCGGACCGACAGCUGUCGGAUACCUUGCCCAAGGUGGAGCAAAGUUCGCUGGCUACGAGUAUUGGAAGAGGUCAUUCGUUCUGAUUGCGGGAGACCAAGAGACCGCCAUUAGGAAUCGUACAGCCAUAUACCUCGGGGCCGCGACCAUCGCAGAAUUCUUCGCUGAUAUCCUCCUUACCCCCCUCGAAGCGACCCGCAUCCGUCUCGUGUCAGACCGCAGUUUUGCAACGGGCCUUGUUAGUGGCUUUACGCGUAUAGCAAGGGAAGGAGGCAUCCGAGAGUUAUACGCUGGAUUCCUACCCAUUCUCUGCAAACAAAUACCAUACGCUAUCGGUCAAUUCACAGUCAACGAAUAUUGCCAUGAGAUCGUUUACCGAGCCAUGACCGAAGAAGCGAAAAAUAAAUUGUCGGGAACUGCCAAAUUCUCGCUAGACCUUGGAAGCGGCAUCAUUGCUGGCUUUGCUGCCGCGAUUUUGAGCCAUCCGGCUGACACACUUCUGAGUCAAAUCAACAAAGGACACGGACCGACGGGAUCUAUGCCCCAUCGUCUUUCUGUCCUCGCACGUGAAGCAGGCUUCAGAGGGCUCUUUGUUGGCCUCGGUCCAAGAAUGAUUAUGACUGCAGGUUUAGUAUCAUCCCAAUUCCUCAUGUAUGGCUACAUCAAAACAGCUCUCGGCGCCCCUUUAGGAAUAGAAAUUCACAAAGAUCACAAGAAUCUAUAGAAUGCUGUAUCACCUUAGAUGUUCAUCCUCCAUGGACCUUUCAACUAUCACGUUUCAUGUACGAUCUCAGUUACAAUUAUUACUUGCCAGCAUUACCACUAUG